CACAUGUCGCUGACCGUUCGGGAUUUUCUUUUUUACCUUUGCGUAUGCAUUCGGUAGUUGGCCAGGUAUUAUACAUUACCAACAUGCACUCUCUCAUUGUAGGUAUGGGAGGUGAGAGGCACACGCGGCAUUGGCGUGUGCUGUCGCGCAGGGUCUUGGCUCCCAUCCGAUGGUCCCGCCGCCAAGGUAAGAGCUGUGGGGUCCCAAGUGGCGUUCCAGAACCGGACGAACCAGGGCGGGACGGUGGCUCGAUGAAAGUGAGAUUCUUCCGAUUGGACCCGAGCCUUAAUGGCCCAGGUUCGAGCGCGGGCAGCGAUCGGACUAUUUGACACUCACAUCCGCAGCCUCAAUUUCGGCCUAGGCUCGCCGAUCCGAGGGGGGGGAAGGGGUAGACGGAACAUGCCUGCCCUGUCUGUGUUGGAAC